GCCGCCGGAGCCGCCUCAGUGCGGGCGGCGCGGGCGGACCCGCUGGAUCAUGGCUGAGCAGCGGCAGGAUAAGGGGGCGUUGAUCAGCGAGACCCGGCGGCGUUUCCAGGCGGAGUACCUGCCAGAUAAAUCAGAUAAAUACGAUUCUAGAGAUGUGGAAAGACUUCAGCAAGAUGAUAAAUGGGUUGAAAACUACUUGAUUUGGCGUCAUGAUGUUGUGGAUGAUACAUUGAAGAUGAUUGAUGAAAGCUUUCAAUGGAGGAAAGAAUACACAGUUAAUGACUUGUCAGAAUCUGUCCUUCCAAAAUGGUUAUUUGAAAUUGGUGCUCUCUUUCUGCAUGGAUACGAUAAAGAGGGCUAUAAGUUAUUUUGGUUCAAAGUGAAACAUCAUACAAGAGAUCCUAAACAGCAACUUGACAAAAAGAAACUGGUCGCUUUUUGGUUGGAACAUUAUGCCAAGAGAGAUCAUGGAAAGCCCUUGACAGUGGUAUUUGACAUGGCUGAAACUGGAAUCAGUCACAUAGACUUGGAUUUUGUCCGGUUUAUUGUCAACUGUUUUACAGAUUAUUACCCAAACUUUCUCACAAAGAUAGUAAUAUUUGAAAUGCCUUGGAUAAUGAAUGCUGCUUUUAAAAUUGUGAAGGGUUGGCUUGGCCCAGAUGCAAUAAGCAUGUUAAAAUUCACAAACAAGAAUGACGUACAGGAGUACAUCAGUGGAGAGUAUCUGCCACCUCACAUGGGUGGAACUGAUUCUUUCAAGUACAGUUAUCCUCCAUUGGUUGAUGAUGAUUUUCAAACUCCUUUAUGUGAAAAUGGGCCCAUUACAAGUGAAGAUGAACAUGAAAGUAAAGAAGAGAUAGAGGCAGACACCAGGGAGGCUGGGGAGCUGAAUGAAACACAAAACCUUAAUCAGAAAAAGAUGAAUUCUAUAGAACAAAUUUCCAAAUCAGAGGACACUGACAAAACAGAGGUCAAACCAAAAAAUGCAAAGAAAGCAUUAACCACUUUUAAAGGACCUUUAUUGCAUAUCAGCCCAGCAGAAGAGCUAUACUUUGGAUCCAAAGAAACUGGAGAGAAAAAAUGUUUAAUAGUUCUCACAAAUGUCACUAAAAAUGUAGUGGCUUUUAAGGUGAGAACAACUGCACCUGAAAAAUACAGGGUUAAACCCAGUAACAGCAGCUGUGAGCCUGGCACAUCAUUAGAUAUAAUAGUUUCUCUUCAUGGUGGUUUUGCAGCUUCUUUACAGGAUCGUUUCCUUAUAAUGGCAGCAGAAAUGGACCAGUCUUCUGGAGCAGGUGUGCCAGAACUGACUCAGUUUUGGAAAGAAGUCCCUAGGACCAAAGUGAUGGAACAUAGGCUCAGGUGUCACGUCAUAGAAAGUAGUAAGCCCUCUUCUCUGACGUUAAAAGACAAUGCAUUUAUUAUUCCAGCAAAAACUAAUGAAGAUUUACAUAUACAGCUAACUCAUUUACUGCAGAUUAAUAAAAGACUUGAGGAGCAGAUGAAUCGCUGCCUCUGGUUCCAGCAGCUGUCAGUUGUUUUAUCACUGCUAUCAGUUACUGUUGCUGCCUUCUGCUUCUACCUGGCAUCUGCCCAGAGAAGCUAAAAAGAAUUGCUGUGCCCUGGAUGUGCUGCUGCCUAUCAUGGCUCGUUGGAGUCAAAAAGAUUGCAGUGCUGCACUUGGAUUCUGGAACUGCCAAAAUGAGGUUUGUGAGCCUACAGCAAUGAACAAGAAACAGUUUACUGGGGAAAAAAAAAAAAAAGACAGAAGAAAUGAAUGACCAGCAAAAAAAAAUUACUGAAAUUAUUGUCUAAGUUGACACUUACACUAGGGCAUGAGGAAGAUGUUGAAGCUAGGACCUAUUUUUACUGUACAACUCAAUAAAAGCUACCGAACUGGAAGGAGGAAACCAAAUACAACAUUAUUUAAGACUGUUGUGCUUUUUUUUUCUCUAUUCAACUGCUUUAGAUACAAUAUUUCAUUAUUUUUUGUCAUAUUCAUUCUUACAUUCUGAUUCACUCCCAUAGAAGAUGCAAGCAGUCAAAUUAAUGUAUUCCAAGGUUAAUCUGUUCAUUCCAGGAAAAUUUACAGAAAUUAUGUGGUACAGGUGGAUUUUUUUAUGUAAUCAGUGUAUGUAUAUACACAUAAAUGAAGAUAUUCGUUGUCAGUAAUUACUUUGAUAAUUCAGACUCAUUGUUCUCAUUGGCUCACAUUUCUUACUGAGUAACACGCACAAAACAAGACACUAUUCCUGUUCUCUUUUUUUUUUUUUGAAAGCAACUUGUAUUCAAAUUACAGAGGGAGUGUGGGAGCUGACUUCUUUACUGUGAUGGCCUAUUAUUGGUUCAUAAAAAGGCUGUUAAAUAAUCAGUGUAAGAACUUACUCUGAGCUGUGCAAUACAGUUAAAUUACAUAUGAAAUUAUGGAAAAAAGGCAAAUCAAAUCAGGAAGAUUAAAUACACUUGAAGACAGCAUAAAAGUAUUAUAUCUGGCAUUUCACAGAAAUUGUUGUGGAAAUGGUGCAUAAAGCUAGAAAGAACUUUGCUAACAAGGAUUCUUUGUACUCAUUGCUGUAAAUAUGUAUAUUAAAAUGAUGAAAACUUAAAAGGAGACUGAUGGCAUCUUUCAUACAUUUAAAAUUUUCACUCUUUAGGAGAUUUAAAAUAAUUAUGAUGCUUGAAUUAUUUUUUUGCUACAAAUUUGCUUUGUAACAGAUUUAUUGGUUUUGUCUGCUGACUUCAAUAGAUGAGAAGUGAUUAUUAAGGAAAAAUAAAGGUCAUACUCUGC